UUGAUUAUAUAUUAUUUGUAAAUUUUUAAGCUAUUCAGAAAGUAAUACUGGCAUUAAUAUGGAUGCUCUCAGUAAGGGGAACCAGUUCGACCUGGAGAUGAAUGAGCUCGUUAAAAUGUUUGCAAGCAUACAUGUUUCAGAGAAGAAAUCGGUGAUAACUUUGAAAGUGAAUGGAGACUUGGAGCUGAUCGAAGAGAAUCUGGAGCAGGCAGAAAAGAAUCUCGAUCGGGCGGAUGUGGACUUGAAUCAGAGGAACGAGUUCGACCAGAAGAUGGAUGAGCUCUUGAAAAUGUUUUCCAGCUUAAACAUUUCAGAAAAUAAAUUGGUGCUAAUUGUGAAGGUCGAUGAGAACUUGGAGCAGAUGGUUGAGAAUCUGGAACAGACGGAAAAUCUGGAUCUGGGUGUGAGUUUGAGUCAGACGGAUGUGAGUCUUGAACAUACGGUUCCGAAUCUUGAGCAGAUAAUUGAAAAUCUGGAGCCAACAAUUGCAAAUAAUGAGCAAGUAGGUGAGGAGACAGAAGACGGACAGACGAACGAGAGUCUGGAGCGGAAAGUGGAAAAUCUACAGAUCGAAAAAUCUACGGAUCUGCAGCCAAAGGAAGAAAAUCCGGAGCAGACAGAUACUAGUCCUGUGAAACAUUCCGAAGAGAACAGGCUAAUCGAGCAGGCUUUGCUAAUGGCCGCUUCCCUUACGAUGACCAGCACCCUCAAGAUGUUUAAGAAGUUCGCCUUUUGGUCCACGCAGCCGGUGGUCCAGAUAAAGGAAAAGGUGACACUCAAUAAAUGGAUCGAACCGAAACGGAAGAUUACUGAGAUCCGGGUGGAGCCAUACCAACUGCCUUCUGGUUUCAUUUGGUCAACUGUGGAUUUGGAUAAUAGCGAACAGCUCGAGGAGCUUCACACGUUCCUUAAGGACAAUUAUAUUGAGGAUGACCGCAACCUCUUUCGUGUGGACUGUCAGCCGGAGUACCUGAAAUGGGCCCUGAAACCGCCGGGCUGGAAAAUCGAAUGGCAUGUGGGUGUGCGGGUGGGUAUGAACGGUGCUUUGGUAGCCUUCAUUUCGGGUAUACCCUCCAGUUUGUGGUGUCACGACAAGGUGAUCAAAGUGGUCGAUGUCAACUUUAUGUGUGUCAACAAGCAGCUGCGACACAUGCGAGUGGCGCCCAUUUUGAUCCGCGAGAUUGUACGUCGAUCCAAUCUAGAAGGCAUUUUUCAAGGACUCUAUUCCGCCUCCAUCCUGCUACCGACGCCAGUUAGCACCUGUCGCCUCUGGCACCGCUUCCUCAAUGUCCAGAAGCUGGACGAAGUGCGCUUCUCGGCGCUGCCCCGCAACAUUACCCAGUGGCGCGGGGUCCAGACAUACAAGCUCACCUCACAUACCGCUACGAAGGGGUAUCGCCCCAUUCGCGAAGAGGACAUGGAUCAGGCUUACAGACUGCUCCAGGACUACUUGGAGAGCUUUGAAAUGUGCCCGAUUUUCAACGGGGCUGAGUUCAGGCAUUGGUUCACUCACAGACCAGGUGUUGUCGAGUGCUUUGUGGUGGCGGAUGCCAACGGCCUGAUCACCGAUCUGGCCAGUUAUCUUUGUCGUACCACGACGGUCCUAAACCACCCGGUGCACAAAAGCGUCCGCACCGCCCACUCCUUCUACAACGUGGCCACAAAGACGCCCUGGGUCGAGCUAAUGAACAAUGUGCUCGUCUCGGCCAAAAAUAGCCAGAUGGACCUGUUCACUGUUCUCGAUGCCAUGGAUUGCAAAAAGUUUGUACGCCCUCUAAAGUUCGCACUUGGAGACGAAAAGUUCUACUACUACCUGUACAACUGGCAAUGUCCACCAAUUGAUUCCAAAAAUAUUGCCCUGACACGCUUGUAACAAGAACUCCUGUGAUCCUUUCUUAUCGAGCCAUUUUCAAUUACUUGGUAUAACCUUUACAAGUAUAUAUUUUUAACCGUUAAUCUUUUUCCUUUGAUCACCAAUGUGCGCAGCCAAAGGCAAGGGGAUUGCCAAUUCAAGUUGGUUCACAGUGCUUGGGUUUUGUGUGGAUCGUUUUGGGCUUAUUGUCAUUCCAGCGGCGCUUGGCUCGAUUCACUCCCACUGCUGCCCCACCUCCUCUUACUUUGAUAUAGUUUCAUGCAUCAAAUGCGAAUCACAAUUUUCAAGCGAAAUCCGAAAUCGAACAAAUCCGUAAUCACAAAUCAGAGAAAGAAAACUGCCAAAAACGGCGACGUGUCCGGCAUUUCAAACGGGUGGGACAACAAAUCCGAAGAAAAAGUGUCUGAGAAACUUUCAUUUCGCUUUAAAAUGAAACAAUGUAUGCCAAAGCCUAAUUAAUAUUUCAAUUUUCAAGUAUUUAGCUUUCUAGAUCAUAAAUGUAAAAAUUGGAAAAAUAAAGUUAGUUUUACCUUGAAGAAUA